UUAAUAAAAUAAGUUACCGUAUAACAAACAGCUUACAUGAUGAAAAUAUAUAUCCAUUUAGUAAUGGUAAUCUUGAACAUACAAAUACCAUUGAUGGCCUGCUUAUUGAUAGUAACUACAAACACACAUAUAACAAUAAAAACAUUUUAUUAAAACAAGAUUAUGAAAUAAUAGAAAACGCUAACUUAAUAAACAAUGUUAUUCAUAAAAGUAUAAUACAAGUUUCACAGAAUGGCAGAUCCGACCCCCCAAACAUUUCACAACUAUCAAAUAAAAUUCCCAAAAAAAUAAAUAAACCAUCAAUUUAUAAUAAAGAUAAAUAUUAUGAUAAGAUAUAUAAAAAACAAAAAAAAAAAUACAAAGAUCCAAACAAUAUAUUAAAACUAUUUUUAAAAAACGAUAGUAAUUCAUCACAUUUUAAUAAACUUAAUGAAUUAAAAGAAUGUACUUUUCAGCCAAACGUUCAUAAAUAUGCUCUUAAAGAAUUGUCUAAUUAUGAUGUUGAUAAAAAUGAUCAAAAUGUUAAGAACAAAACGGAGGAAGAAACAAACAAACUAAAUAUCGAAAAAAUAUAUACAAAUGCUAAUAAUGUAAUAGCUAAUAAAAUGUAUACAUACAUGUUAAAAAACUCUUCGACUUUAAAUGGAAAUAAAAUAGAUGCUCAAAAUGUAACUGAAUAUUUCAAGUUUUGCAUUCAGUAUUAUGGUGCAUAUAAAGGCCAAGGCUACUUCGAAGCAGAUACAAAAAAAAGUAUACUAAAAUACAAUGAUAAUUUUCAAGAUCCUAAAUACAGUAGCAUAAAAAAUGCCAACCGUAUCAAUUCUAAGCUCCAUAAACACAAAAAAAAUGUAUACAUAAAAGAAAAUAAGAAGCAAAAUCCAAAUAAUACAAAUAGUACAAAUGCAGUAAACAUAAAUAAGAACUUGUGGGCUAAUAGCUUAAGAGAAGGAUAUUCACCUAAACCUUUUGACUUUUCAAUGGUAAAUAAAACUGAAAGGAAUUACGAAUUAAAAGCUAAAAAAAAAGUAAAAGAUGAGUAUGACUGGUCGAAAGAAAUACGACUAAGUGGAAGAAGAUUAACAGCUAAAGUUGUACCUAAUUAUGAUUUGUCAAAUCAGUGCAUAAGCGGUUUAAACGAUGAUAAUAAACAUAAUAAUAACCAAUUCUCAACUUGUAAUAAAAAAGAAAUAAAAAAACAAAAAAGCACACAAAAUAAUACUUGUUUAUAUAACGAUUACUUCUACGCAGCUAGUACGCAACCUCCACCUAAAAUUAUGGCAAGUAAAAAUAAUCAUACAAUUUUAGAGGAAAUUGAAAAAGAACUUUUGGCUUUGCCCAAAUCAAUAAAAUUUACCCCCAUGUACUAA